AGUGGGAAGGAAGCGCGAGACCUCAUUCAGGACGGGAAAGUGAACCGUCAGCCUCGUGAGUGUCCAGACGACGUGUACAGCGUUAUGACAGCCUGCUGGAAAAUGAACCCACACGAGCGACCGUCUUUCAUCGAACUCAGAACUAUGGUCAACACAAUCAAGGAGCGAGUGCGCGCUUUCUAGCAAGAACAUCUUGAUCUCUGAAGCAACGUCAACCAUCCCUCGUCGGUUACCGUACCUCUAACCGACAACUGUAUUUCGUGAUUAUCGAAUUACUAUUCCAUUCAAGGGGAUGCCCUGAUGCUGGAGAAAGGGUCUCUAUCUAAGGAAAAGGAAUUGGAAUUACCUUCCCCUUCCUUGAUUACUUCUCAUUCCCCAGGCCCUGUAUUACUCAUUGUAUUAGUCACUAUCCCAAAUCAAUAUGGAACACAAGGGUUAGAACCCAGACAGCAGGUCUGUGAGUGAGGUCAUAGAUACAAUAUCUAAUAUCUUAGGCAAUAUCUCCGGAAACAUGUAUACAUUUCUGUUAUCUUGUGGCUUAGUUAACUGGCAGACUUUUUUUUUUUCUAGUGGUGAGUUGGUACAUGACAGUACAAGUAAAAUAAAUAUAAAUAGGUCGAUGUAUGAUAGAGAAGUGUUACCGCUUUUAAGUAAUCCAUGAACUAAAUAUAUUAAACUGAGAUACAGAUCUCAGCGUGGCUGAGACAAUGAUUACCUCAAUUUCCUCCUCGUCUUCCAACUUUCUCUGCAUGGGACUGAAGAAGUCACUGGCUGGCGAAACGUUUCGAGGAUAAAGAUACCCAAAUAUUGGAGAAAUGUCUCAUACUCCGAGGAAGUGACCCAGCAAUGUCACCACUCUCUCAUUCAUCACCUCAACAACUUCCCGUACAUAACUGCGUGCUGCAUGUGUCAUGUAUUGAUAAGUUUAUCACUAAACGAAGUGCUAUUUCUAAAUAAAUGUUUUGUCUGCACUUAAGUGUCUUAACAGUGACCACGACACAACACACUUCUAGAGAGAAGCUGACUGUAAUCAACUGCGUAGAGGUUAGGGACAGAUGUCAUCUGUGGUGCUGGCGGUGCUGGUGACCUCUUGUGUCACACAGUGCUGGGCCAGCCCACAGCACAAGUACCAAGAGGGAACAAAGGAGAAGCAGCAGCCUCCACACGACACAACCGAUGCCGUCUACAGAACCCCGGGUACAGAUGACCACAAAUUCGAAUAUCAUAUGGUGGAGGGUGCGCCAGCAUGGAACCAGCGCAGUCGUGAGUGGAAUGAUGAAGUAACUACAAGCGGCUCUUAUACCGUCAAACUACCAGACGGCCGUGUUCAGAGGGUCACUUACACUGCUGAUGAACACGGCUUCAGACCAGUGAUCACAUAUCAACACCCUGAAGGAGGCACUGACUAUCACGAAUGGAAAAAAACGAAUGUUGAGAAGAAAGCAGAAGGAAAAUCCCAUGACAAAAAAAUAACGAUGGCAGAGGACGGGAAAGAUUAUAUGAAGGAUCAUCACCAUCACUUGAAAGUGGAUUAUAAUUUAGAAGAGAUGAGUAAACAAAUUAGUCCACCUGCAGAAAGUCCAGAAAGUCUAUAUAUGCCUUUUAGUGAGGAUACAUCAGUUCACACUCAGAUGUAUGAUUCCCCAAGACAUAGUUACAGUCCACACAAUAUUCCAAUGAUGGGUAAACAUCAACCAGUAGCAAGCAAGUCCUCUGAGACUUCCCCUUCGCUUAGCCAACAUGCCACGAGAAGCUCACUUUCUACUACUUACAUGGCAGAGAAAUAUCAACUCCAUGAUCAACCUGAAUAUAUGAAAAAUAUUGGAUCUUCAGGUGCAAAGCAUAACCAAGAGAAACCUAUGAUCUAUCGCUUUAAUUCUCCACGUCCCACCCAUCAGCCGAUGGGUUCACGAAAUUCAGAAUACAUGGACAUGAGGAAGCCGACUAAUGGACAGAGUAAAUCGUAUAUGUUAAUGACUGAUACCGAUAUGACUAGACCAAGCGACAGUCUCCAUAUGAAAGAUAAAAGCAUGAAGCAGGAUGUUAACACGAAGAAGAACAAAGAAAUAUACAGACCAAUAUAUCGUCAAGACAUGGAUGACUUCGAAAAGAUGAAACCGUUUCCAUACUUGUCGAAGAUGAAGCCAACUGAACACAAAAAAGAAUCAUCAGAUUCGUCGAAAGAGGAUGACAAAAGCUACGAAGGCAAAGAACCAUCGUAUAUGGAGAUGAUUUCUUCAGUGUUGCCUCCUAAUAAGCCAUUUGUUGCUUCCAACUAUUACCCUUCGUCUUUAUCUUCGCUUAUCUCUUUCCCUUCUCUCACUGUCAGCCGUCCUCGUGGAUCUUCCUUCGCUGCGCCUGAAUACACUCCUGAUUCUAUCCAUCUGCUUGAAGCUUCACACAAGAUGGCUGCCAUGAAACAUCCCUCCUCUCCAUCACAACCCAGAGGCUACCAUCCUCAAUCAGUCUCACCACCAUCUUCAUACGAUCAUUAUUCGGACAACCACAACUCUCCUCCUCAAUUUACAUACCUUCCAUACUCAUACCCUCAUAUUCCACCUCAUCACCAUCCCCAUCGUUCCUACUACAAGCCCUCAGCAGCAUCACCUCACCAACUGUCGCACUUUCACAGCUUGACAAGUCAUGCACAGUUCCCAUCCACCAAAUCUUACUCAUCUCAACUGCAUACCUCUCACCCACCUACUGUACCUCAUUCUUUCUACGCUCAUCCACAUGAAGCUCCUGAGAACAUUAUGAAGACUGGAGAUGGAGAUAACAUGAACUGAACACUAACAAUGGCUGGGUCCACCUCACUCUCUGAGUGAUUACUCAUCCCGGGUUACAAAAAUUAAAAGCGUUUGCAUAGGUGUCCAUUCUUA